AUGCCGGGGAUUGCAGAUGGCAUGAGGAGGUGGAUGGAGGAAGAGGAGCUCGCUCCGAUCGACCGCGGUGGGCAGCCGGACGCCGGGCUGGGCGCCCCGGAGCAGCCUCCACCGCUGAUAUCAGGGGCCAAGGUCCAGGCGGGGAGCACACGGCGGCACCGGGACAGCCUGAGCCAGGCGGCCGUGCCCCUACGCAGCACCAUGAGGCUGUGGCUGCUCUGCGGCUUCGCUGCCACCGUGGCCCUUGUGGCCGUGGCCCGAGCCGACCACGGUGACUCGAAGAAGGUCGCACGGGGGAGAGAGGGGAUGAGCAGCGGGGGCCGGCGCCGGCCCCACAGACCCUGCUCGGGGUGCUUCUCCGUCCUGAGCGAGGAGUCGCAGUCAACAUCCUGGCACGCCAGGGAGGAUGAUGAGGUUCAGCCGGGCAGGCGGGGGAGAGCCAGGAGGGAGGACAAGGAACCAGCCCAGCCCAUGAGGCACCCCGGCAGCGUCCUGCUGCCGUGGCAGGAAGCGCUGAGCACCCGGACGGUGUGGCGAGGAGGGGUGCCGGCAGCCGGGCGCAGCCCCACGCCAGGAGAGAGCCGGGGGUCCGGCCACCCCCAGGCUGUGCCGUAGGGCCCACCUGCCCCCUCCCAGCCCUGAGGCAGCCAGGGGGCCUGUGCCCCCCACCCAGGGCACAAGCAAGCCUGUGCCUGUGCAAGCUCAGCCCCCGUGCACCCCCAAACUGCUUCUUGGGGCACCUGCCCCCCCUCUUUGCCAAGCCACCAAAUAAAGCCAGCGAGCCACA